UCCUGCCUUUGCGGAAGCCAGAGGAGCCGAGGCGGCGCUAAAUUAAAUUAGCAUACUAACAAGUUAGCUGUGCACCGAUGUGGAUGGACCCGUGAACGGAGCUGCCCGAAGAAAGACACCUUUUCUAAAGUCAAGACACCACCGAUUCCUGGCUCAUUUUGUUGGGAUCUCCCUGCCGUCUGCCUGCCGAGGAGAUGGGGGACAAGGCGGGCACCAGAGUUUUCAAGAAGUCGAGCCCCAACUGUAAGGUGACAGUUUACCUGGGAAAGAGAGACUUUGUGGAUCACCUGGACCACGUGGACCCAGUAGAUGGAGUGAUCCUCGUCGACCCCGAGUACCUGAAAGACAGGAAAGUCUUCGUCACGCUGACCUGUGCGUUUCGAUAUGGCCGUGAGGACCUGGACGUGCUGGGUCUGUCUUUCAGGAAGGAUCUCUACAUCUCCACCUUCCAGGCCUUCCCUCCGGUGCCGGAGGAGCGGAAACCAAACAGCCGGCUGCAGGAGAGGCUGCUGAAGAAGCUCGGCCAGCACGCACACCCCUUCUACUUCACUAUUCCUCAGAACCUCCCGUGUUCAGUCACUUUACAGCCCGGCCCAGAGGACACUGGGAAGGCCUGUGGUGUGGACUUUGAGAUCAGAGCUUUCUGUGCCAAGUCAAUAGAAGAGAAGAUUCACAAGAGGAACUCAGUGCGUCUGGUGAUCAGGAAGGUUCAGUACGCUCCAGAGAAACCUGGUCCUCAGCCCAUGGUGGAGACGACCCGCAGCUUCCUGAUGUCUGACAGAUCCCUGCAUCUGGAGGCCUCUCUGGACAAGGAGCUGUAUUACCAUGGAGAGCCCAUCAGCGUCAAUGUUCACGUCACCAACAACUCCACCAAGACCGUGAAGAGAGUCAAGAUUUCCGUGCGUCAGUAUGCAGACAUCUGCCUGUUCAGUACUGCCCAGUAUAAAUGUCCCGUGGCCCAGCUCGAGGCAGAUGACCAGGUGUCGUCCAGCUCCACCUUCUGUAAGGUGUACACUCUGACCCCGACGCUCGACAAGAACAGAGAGAAGAGGGGACUCGCUCUGGACGGAAAACUCAAACAUGAGGACACCAACCUGGCCUCCUCCACCAUUGUGAAGGACGUCACCAACAAAGAGGUUCUGGGGAUCCUGGUGUCCUACAGAGUCAAAGUGAAGCUGGUGGUCUCUCGUGGAGGAGACGUGUCGGUGGAGCUGCCCUUCAUCUUAAUGCAUCCUAAACCUGUGGAUCCGCCGGUGUCCCGCCCACAGUCAGCUGUGCCAGAGAUGGACCCCCCCAUCGACACCAAUUUGAUAGAAUUCGACACAAACAGCAUCUCUCAAGACGACGACUUCGUCUUCGAGGACUUCGCCCGCCUGCGACUCAAAGGCGUCGUGGACGACAAGGAUGAGGACUGCUAGGAGCUCGCCAACCCUUCAUAUGCUUGCUUCACAACCACACACACACACACACACACACACACACACACACACACACACACUCUUCAUGUUACAUUCCCCGGUGGAGGGAAUGGAUGAGGGCAUGUUUGGACGGGGGCCUCGCAGGGGCACGGUGGUGUUCUUCCUCUCUUGCUUCAGCCAUUCGUCACGCCGCCGCCAUUUUUCCCGAUCACCGUCUUGUACAAACAGGAUAUAUAUUUGAAACAUAGAAAAAAUAAUCUUCUACGAGCAGUUGAGGUCUGUGUUCAGUGGUGAUCGCUGUUUUUCUUCGAGUAAAUACUGUAGAUGCUUUUUACAUCAUGGCUGCAAAGGGAGGAAACACGCACGCACACGCACGCACACGCACACACACACACACACACACACACACACAGCAGUCUUACACAAGCAACUGAAGUUCGAUUUCACCAGCAUCCACUCACCUGCUGUCGUCACACUCUGACCCCGCCCCCCGUCCCGUUCUGUCGCUGCUCUCUUCUCUCUUCUUCUUUUUCACCAUUCCAGCGUCGAUGAGUUUGCUUUGGUUCACAUCGUUCAGUGGUUAAACGCGCGCCUGGUGUUUGUCUUUGUUUUUCUUACUGUCAUUAAAGUUUGUGACGCUGAGCUCUCAGCUCCGAGGCCACUUUAAAACCACCUGACAGGUGCGGGUCGAUGUUUCUGAGUAUUUUAGGAUCCAAGGACACGAGUCGAUCUAAAGCAGCUCUGAGCUGCACGGACUCUGUGAAUGACCUCUGUUUGAAUCCAUUUACUCCUGCGUAAAAAAAGGCUGAGUCAUUGUCUGAAGCAAACAGGACACGUGCUCACUGUGGAUGAUCCGGGAGUUAAAAAACGUAAAGUCAGAUUUUACCCGGUGAGGAUGCGCAUCAGAGCUUCUCUGAUCAGUAAUGUUACAGGAUCGAUUCUUUUUUUUAUGUGAAAUAUAUUUGUUGGUAUUUCACGUGCCACACUGCGCGUGAACGUAAAAGCAGGCCAGGCUUCAGUCACGUGACCUGGCAGUUCACAGAAAGUUCAGUGUAAUCGAUCAGUAAUCGAACAGUAAGAAAGAUGCAGGGACUCACCAGACUCCGCUCACAUCGGACUUUUCCUUUCGAACCAGGUUUUAGAUCGGGUUUCUGUUUCUCGGGCUCGUUUAGCUGCGGUCACUGAACUGGACUGAGACUUUCCACCUUCCUCAGACCGGAAGUAAAAAGCGUCGCCUCUGAACGUAAAGCUGCGCAGUGAAGGCGGUUUGUGCGGGAACAGUCUGAGUCCGUCCGCCCGCGUGUUGGAGGGAAACACUGGGACCUGUCGUUUGGUUCAUCAUCAUCAUCAUCAUCAUCAUCACCAUCGUCUCUGUGUCAAAUCCAAACCAAACACGUUUAAUUACAGUGAGAGUUUGUUACUCAGUAAACGGUAAAAGCUGCUCGGUGCCUUCUACAUCUCACUGUUGCCAAUUUAACACUUUUAAUUGCCAGUUUGUUGUUUGUGAUUAAGACAGAAAAACUUUAGAAUUCGCAUCAUUUUCGUUGAGAAACUGAAGUUUGUGAUUUGUUUGUUACUCAACAGUAAAAUUUAGAAAAAACUAAGGACAGAAAAAAGGAAAAAACAAAAACCUGCGUCAGUUCAACGUCCGAUCACCUGACUGAAUAAAAUCUUUAUUCAUGUAAAUUUUCUGAACUUUCUCUUAGAAUUGCAGCUUAAUUCUCAUGUCGUGACUGAAACCAGGACUUUGAUUCAUUCGUGUAAUAUUUUGCCUUUUUCCUCAGAAAACUGUUUACUCUUUAAAUGUUAUUAAUAUUUACAACUUUAUUUUGUAAAUGAGCUUUUUUCGCCUUUAUCCUGCAGCACCGCUGCUUUUUAAACUGUUUCCUGAUAAUGUUCCUAAUUAUUCUCAUAACGACACUUUUAAUAAUAGUUUUAUUUCCCACUGUCCCUGAAUCUGCAGUGAGAACAUCGCCGGGCUUUUCCGUCGUUGAUGCCAUUUGAAUAAAUAUCGUAUGAGAAUGAGCGAAUUAAAAUCUGUGCCAUGAAAAACUCGGUGAAAGCCUCAGAAAACAUGAUGUGAUGAAACUAAAGCAGACGGCUCCCGUGUUGAACCUCCUCUCCUCUCCUCUCCUCUCUCCUCCCCUCCUCUCCUCCCCUCCUCUCCUCUCCUCUCCUCUCCUCCUCCUCCUCCUCCUCUCCUCUCUCCUCUCUCCUCCCCUCCUCUCCUCUCCUCUCCUCUCCUCUCCUCUCCUCCUCCUCCUCCUCCUCUCCUCUCUCCUCUUCCUCUCCUCUCUCCUCCUCUCCUCUCCAUCGUCCUCCUUUCCUCUCCAUCGUCCUCCUUUCCUCUCCAUCGUCCUCCUUUCCUUCCGGAUGUUUCCUCGGUUCAGACUCAGACGUGAUGUGAAGGCCUUCAGCAGCUCCGCUUUUCUCGGGUCGAUGUUUUUCCAACACUCGUGCGUCGCCGUCGAAUCAGUCUCUUUAACGAGUUUUGUGUUUUUAUCUUCCCCUAAAAAAAACCCAAACCCUGCACAGAUCACAGAUCAGAGGCGGACAGACCGACCCUCAGAGCCGCACACGGGUUUUCCUCGGUGAUCUUUUUCAUGCUUGGCCCUUUUUCCAAACUUGUUUGAUGAGACAUGAAGUUCAUCGGUUAGUCGACUUGCUUCACACGAACCAACAAACUUUUAUUUUUGAAUCUAAACUGCCAAACUCCCUCCCUCCCUCUCUUCCUCCUCCUCCUCCUCAGUCAGUCCGUCAGUCAGUGAAGAAGAAACCGACUCGGAGCAUGUUUUCCAUUUUUGAUUUUUUUUCCAAGCAGUGCUGUGAAUCGUACGAGCUGUGAUUCUGUCCUUACUUUGUCGUGCAUAUGUGGGGUAACUUUGCUAAGUGUGAAAAUAUUUUUGAAGUGCCACGCCCCGGCCUGUGCGAUGCUUACCAUAAUGUCUAUAACACAGGAGAUGAUUUGUGCUGGUGGGACGAACACCAGAAAAGAUAGAAUUACAAUUAUUAUGCUUCUGAUUAUUAUUAUGGUGACUAUUAUUAUUACUUCUACUGUAUCAUCAUCUGCGACCAUGAUUAUUCUCAUAAUCAUUUAAGAGUCUAUUGUUUUGCCAUGUAUUUUUUAUUUUGAGAUUUUUAUUUUAGUUUUCUUUUUAUUAUUAAAGGUAAAAUGAACUAACA